AUGGCAGAGUCGUCCAGACCACAGCCUAACAUCAUUGACUUGGGUAGCGACUGUAGCAUCAGCGACAGCCAUUCCAGCAUCAGCGACGACCAGUCCAGCGACGACUCCAGUAGUGACAUUAAGUUCCAAGCCGGCGAAAUCGAAAGCAGCUCCUAUGUCGACGACUUCGUAAUCUCGCUUUGCACCACCCUGGAUUGGUUCUGUCGUGACGAUGUUGGCACCUUUGCGCAUUCAGCGCCGAUCGGCGAUGAGGUGUUCAAAGACCCGCAGAUUCACAUCGAUGGCAUCGGUAGGAUUCCCAUGCCCCUUAGUAUCGAACAUGCGGAGAAGAUUGUCGCGCUCUCCGAGAAGGGAACACUGAAGCCGAAUGCUUUUCGUUUCGAGAAUCCAUUGUGGGAACAGCGCGUGCUGCACCGCCUCGUAGAUGAGGCCGUCAAAGAGUUGAGAAUUGGUGGCAAACCGGAUGCGAUCGGAGCCCAACUGCGAGAGAUGCAGCUGUGUAACAAGGAUACAGGUGUCGACGUGCCGUCCAUGAACGAGGCACUCCUUGGCGCAGUUGGAACUCUCGUUGUCUGCCUGCCCUCGCCGCACCAAGGAGGUGAUGUGCAUGUGAAGCUAGCCUCGGCUGAGGAGAAACUCACAAGCUCGGGGCAGCGGCCGUCUUUCAUGUGCUGGUAUCGUGAUAUCGAACCCGAGAUAAAAGCAAUUUCAUCCGGAUACCGUUGGACAUUGGUGUACGAUAUCAAGAACUUUGAACAACCAGACAUUUACUCAAGUUCGAUGUUGUCCGCACAAACGAGCAAACUCCACGCGAAUUUCGAGACCUGGAAGCAUCCCGCUUACGAUUUAGCACCCCGAUACGUCUACGUGCUAAAGAACGACUACAAGAAUCAGCUGAGCUUGGAUGCACUCUUAGGUGGAGACCUAAAUUUGGCCCGCACAUUGAAAGGGAUUGGUCAGAAAUUGGAUUUCGACAUCUUUCUGGCAACUAUUGAAAAGAGACGACACGGACAUGUCAAGUUUGUCGAUUAUGAUUACGACGACGACUGGGCAAGCGAAAACCCUGACGAGAUCCACGACAUGAAGGAGAUACUUGAGGAAGAAAUCUCCCUGGUUUCAGUUUUCGACCUGAGUGGGCGACUUCUCGUGGAAGAUGUCGACAUCGAAGAGGAAGAGGUUCUGCAGGGGCACUGGGAAGACGAUGACGCAGCAUCAGAGACGGACCUGGAAGACAGCAGCGACCAUGCUUGCGCGACGCAUAAAUUUCGAGGGACCGCACUUGUGAUGAUGUCGCACGAUGAGGCCAGAGAGUUCCUUGCACAUGAAAGAUGCUCAACAGCUGUCAUGUUUGACCAUCUGCGCGAACAGCAAGUAGAUGAUGCGGACGACACGAAAGCUAUCUCAGCUUUCAAGGACUUUCUUCUUCGCAGGUCAGCCGACAUGGUACUCUACGGUGAUGAUCUUGGCGAGCUUGAGUCCAUCAUCCAAGCAUGCAUAUCCCUAAAGGACACUGAACUCUUUAAUUCUGUUGCACUGCCACUCAAAAAGCCGUUGUCGUCCCAAGGACUUUCUGACUUGUCUUCCUGGAUAUGGGAAUCCGGAUUUCAGUGUUUUGAGGCAGGGCUCGAGAAGUUGACCCCCGACAAAGCCGUGUUCGAAACUCAUGACUUUCUUCAGGCUCUUCUAGGCCGUCGGUCUUCCGAACGACCGCAGCUAGGCCCUGGAGCGGAAUCCGGCUUCUUUGAUUUUGUUGAGCGAAAAACCCAUGAGGUGUUGGGGAAGGUCUCUCAGCUCUACUUGAAGGAUGUAACAGCAUUGGUCGAUAUGUUGAAGACCACUCGCCGUUUUGAGCAAACUGCUCAAAAUGUCAUUGCACGGGCGUUGGAGCUUAAUCUGGAAGACGACGUCGCUCCCAUCAUUCAGCAGCUUCUGGCCGAGUGCAAUCACCCCAAUCGUGGCGUUGCCAAUCACGCCAAUCCUUGCAUGGCCGACCGCGAGGCAGGACGCAUGCUCCUGCCUUUUAUGAAGUUCCUCGCUCAGAAAAUUAAAGGUGAUGGAUUGAAGACCCUCGCCGCAUUCCCAAAGAUUCGGGAGCUCUACCGAGACUUCGUCACGUUCUACUUCAACCGCGCCGUCGGCAAAGAGCCAAUUUUUGAUUGGUCGCGCACCCCUGCCCCAUCUGCUCCGGGAGAUAAUCGUCAGAACCAUCUCUUCAUCACGGAUCGUGGACAUCUCAAUGUAUUUCUGCAGGACCCGAAUUACAUUGAAGGUCGCUUUCCACUGCCAGGGUACCGCCAGAAGAAGCUGAUUAAUUCCGUGCCCCAAGCAGCUGGUUGCACAUGCAGCAUGGCCACAGGAAGCCUCGUUGUCCGGAAGGGGAAAUGGGCGUGGGAGGCGGCACGAAAGAGGUGGGUGGAAGAUUGCAAGGAAUUCGUUUUGGAAGUAAAGAAGCUCGGCAAUGUCAUUGACCUGGAGGCUGUCCUGGGGGAGACUUAUGGAAACGUGGUCUUGCACUCGGAGCAGAGGGCGAUGGAGGAACCUGUAGUGUCCAGUGCGCUGGUGGCCAGGACAAAGCGCAAGGCUGGAGAAAACAUGGUGAAUACGGACGAGAGCAGGGAAGCGGUGAGACGGAAGGUGGAUGAAACUAAUGUAUUGGACUUGACGGACGAUUAA